CCGCGGCGCUAUCGCCUGACGACCAUCAGCCUUUGCCGACACUAUGGGCUUUUCUCCAUAUAAAUAAUCGGAGCCGCGACGGCGGCGGGCGGCGCUUUGGGGGUGGAAAGUGAAGGUGGUGGCGGUGGAGGAGGUGGCGGCGCGGGGGUAGAUUGUUGCCCGAGAUUGCGCGGUGGUGGCGGCAGUGCUUGUGGUGCGGCUCCUGUCAUGAGUCCGGCCGGGUGCUCCCAUGUGAACAGUUUUAAGGCGGACAAUUGGAAGCAGAGCCUGCGAGUGAUUUACCAGUGCUUUGUGUGGAGCGGGACUGCGGAGAGCAGGAAGAGGAAGGCAAAAUCUUGCAUUUGUCAUAUGUGUGGUGGUCACCUCAACCGGCUCCAUUCCUGUCUAUACUGUGUCUUCUUUGGCUGUUUCACCAAGAAACACAUACACGAGCACGCAAAGUCUAAGCGCCACAACUUAGCCAUAGACCUCUUGUAUGGGGGUAUAUAUUGUUUUAUGUGUCAAGAUUAUAUAUAUGACAAAGACAUGGAACAAAUUGCCAAAGAAGAACAAAGGAAAGCAUGGAAGUUACAAGGGGUUGGUGAAAAGUAUUCAACAUGGGAACCAACAAAAAGAGAAUUGGAGCUAUUACGGCACAAUCCUAAACGGAGGAAAAUAACUACAAAUUGUACCAUUGGUCUCCGAGGCCUCAUAAACCUAGGGAACACCUGCUUCAUGAAUUGCAUUGUCCAGGCACUUACCCACACUCCAUUACUCCGUGAUUUUUUCCUUUCCGACCGACACAAAUGUGAAAUGCAGAGUCCCAAUUGCUGUCUAGUCUGUGAAAUGUCUAGGCUAUUUCAGGAGUUCUACUCUGGAUAUCGAUCUCCACAUAUUCCAUAUAGGUUACUGCAUUUGGUGUGGACACAUGCACGGCAUUUAGCAGGGUACGAACAGCAGGAUGCACAUGAGUUUUUGAUCGCUGCACUAGAUGUUCUACAUAGGCACUGCAAAGGUGAUGAUAACGGGAAGAAAGCCAGCAAUCCAAACCACUGUAACUGCAUAAUUGACCAAAUCUUCACUGGGGGACUGCAGUCUGAUGUCACUUGCCAAGUCUGCCAUGGUGUCUCCACUACGAUAGAUCCAUUCUGGGAUAUUAGCCUCGACUUGCCCGGGUCUUCCACGCCAUUCUGGCCCUUAAGCCCUGGCUCUGAUGGGAAUGUUGUGAAUGGAGAAAGCCAUAUGUCCUCCGGUACCACCACACUCACAGACUGUCUACGAAGGUUUACAAGACCUGAGCAUCUCGGAAGCAGUGCCAAAAUAAAAUGUAGUGGUUGCCAUAGUUACCAAGAAUCAACAAAACAGCUUACAAUGAAGAAACUUCCCAUAGUGGCCUGUUUUCAUCUCAAACGGUUUGAACACUCGGCCAAGUUACGGCGAAAGAUCACUACAUACGUCUCUUUUCCACUGGAGCUGGACAUGACUCCGUUCAUGGCUUCUAGUAAAGAGAGCAGGAUGAAUGGACAGUACCAGCAGCCUGUGGAUAGUCUAAGCAAUGACAAUAAAGUCCUAUGUGAACAGCACAGGCUGAGAGAGAUGCAACUUGUGUGUAUGUGUGGGCAUGACAUCAUAACUGGCAAGCAACCCAAUCACAAGUAUUCACUGUUUGCUGUAGUCAAUCAUCAGGGAACACUGGAAAGUGGGCACUAUACCAGCUUCAUUCGACAACACAAGGACCAGUGGUUUAAAUGUGAUGAUGCAAUUAUCACCAAGGCUAGCAUAAAAGAUGUGCUAGAUAGUGAAGGGUAUCUCUUGUUUUAUCACAAACAAUUCCUUGAAUACGAGUAGCCUUAUCAGACUGGGGGAAGUCUUCAGAACGAUACACAACCUACCUGAAACUCUAAGUACUGUCAGCACUGAGUGAACCUACUUGACAUUGACUUUGGUCUGAAGGAAUGAGACGGCACCCAAUGGAAUGCGACUGAGGAGGCACGAGUUAUCCUCAAAGCUGCAGCCCGCAUCUCUGGAAAGAAGGGAGGGGGGAGGGUACACAUCUCUGCUUCUGUUCCCAUGGUGCUCCAGCUUCAGCUGACCAAGUGUAUAACAAUAAUAACAAACCAUCCCAUUGAUAUGUGAUGAGUUUGAGAGCAAAUGGAUGGUAUUAAUGACUUGCAGAUACACUUCUGUGGAUUUAGAUAUUGAGUACUGUAUGAAACGUAGGCAUAUAUUUUCAGAAAAAUGGCCAUUAAAACUGAAUGCAGUACUGAGACAGGUUUUCAGUAUGUAUGUGUUGCCAGAGGACUGCGGAUUAAUACAACCUGACAGAUCUCUCUAUUGGGCCCAGGUUUGUUUGCCUUCUAGCUUUGUUAUUUUUAUUCCUGUCAAAGGUUCAGAGCAGCUGUGCCGUAAUGAAACUGUACUGGACUUGGUAUUUGUUUAUUGUACAAACGCUCAUGUUUUAAGAUGGCCUUACAUCACAGUGGUGGAAAAUUUUGUGUUUGUGUCUUAAAAUAUGCAUGCGUGUACGUGCAUGCAUAUGUGCGCACACGCAUGCACACACACAUUGCAGUUUGAAUAGUGGCCACAGUGACUGCUCUGGAUUCUUCCCUUCGGUUUAUUUUUUAAAUUAUGCAGUCUGGGCAUAGCAGUAGAUCAAUGUUUGAGACUUUUGCUGUUUUGUCAGAAAGUAGGAUCCAUGUGGCAGUCUGAGUGGCCUUCAUUAUACGAAACUAUGUGAUCAGACCAGAGGGGCCUGAGUCAAGGGAAUGCUGAUGAAAUGCAGCCCGUUCUGUUUAUUCUCACUUUUAUAUUCUGUAUUUUUGCUUUUGGAACUAUGAUUCACAAAUCAAAUUUUCUGUACAUCUUUCUUAAGCAGGACGGGAUGUUGAGGAGCAACUCCCGAAGAGCUUGUUCCACGGGAGCUGAUAUUGCUCAUUUCAUAAUGUUGUACAAUCUCGGUUAAAGAUAAAUGUUUUAUUUAUACACAAAAAAAAAUCAUAAAACAGAGCAUAACUAUGAUUAAAAGUUCAUGGUGAUUAGCAAGCAUCCUGGAUGCCAUGUUGAUUCUCAGUAAACCAUCUGGCCCAUUAAAUAUACCUUUUUAAGGCACGGUCCCAUUUGUUGCACUAUUAUCCUGUUAAAGGUUAAUCCCUCACUGGGUUGCUUUGACCCAUUGCCUAUAUGAAAUAAUGUGUCUUCCCCUACCAGAGCAAGAAGCCAGCCCUUUGUUACUUGCUUUUGGUUCAGCCUUCAUAAAAUACUGUAGUUACUAGAUUGGGAAGCAAUUAAACCAAUGUUUCUGAGAACAUGGCAUCCAUAUCGUGGUUGCUGCAGCUCUGUGCUUAUUGUGAUAGGUUUUUGUGUAGCUGCUAGUAAUCAGGGCACCAACAUAGAGAGAAAUGCAAGGCACUGUGGAACCAAAUCCAAAUUCUAGCCACUUGAGUUAGACGGGGUAACUAUUGUAGGAAGUUCUUGGUGUAGCAUCAGUAGAUGGAAUCCCAGUUGGUAUUUACCAUAUAUUUGAAAAACUACAGUCAAACUUUACAAAAGCAGAAUACAACUCAAUCCAAAUGCAAACUGAUGCAAUUAAACUUUCCUAGCAUCUGCUGUACUUGAGAUGAUACAAGCUUUACAAUGAUACAAGAUGUCAUUUUUUUCAACGGAAUUGGCACAUAAAUGAUUAUUUCCAAUUUGGCCAAACCUUUGACACAGCAGUUUGUUCAUGUGGAAAUGCUGAGUCUUGUGGCAAACUCCUCAAAAUAACAAGAUUUUGUAUUUCUGAGACUGAAGAUAGAAUCUGGAAUAUUCCCUUUUGCUAUUCUCCUUUUAAAAUAGAAUAAUUUGUUUGAAUUCCACAGUCUGUUCUACUCAAUUUGAUUUUUUUUAUUUUCUUGCCAUAAAACGACAGCAGGAAAUUGUAAAUAUGUGUGGUCUAGCCUGAAAUUUGCGCUUAUAAGUUUAUUCACAAACUAGACAUAUGGCAGCUGGUUAUUGGAUUAUGAGACCCUGUCAAUUGAAUCUGCCUGCCAGGCAAUUGGUCAUACCGGAGUGGAAUUUCAGUUAACCUGUGGAAGCAUUUUUAGUCAAUUUUCCCCUCGGCACCUCUCUGUGUAUUAACAAAUAAAGGUUCCAGAGUGCUUUAUAUUCCUCAGGAGCUCAGAACUCAAAACUUUGUCACUCGGCUUAAAAAUACUAAUGCAAGUUGAGUUUCAUUCGUGUUCAUUCCUCUGGAAUAGGCCUUCUAAAUAUUGGGUUUUCUUGUAACUACAGUGAAGUGUAGAACCUGUGCUGUUUACAUGUAGGUGAAUGCAGUGUAAGUCCCACGCGGGCAUUUCAUAUGCCAUCCCCUGUGUAUUGUGCGGUGCGCCAGAAACUUGAGUAUUUGGGUAUGGCAUGGGCAAUGUCCACAUGGCAGUGUAAGCUACAUUUUGAGAAUUGUUUUCUCGUACAUUUAAGGUCAAGUGACAGGUUUUCCAUUAUUGUGGUAAGAAAUUUUCCCUCCAUACAUUCCCAUCUAAACUUUUUAAUGUUGCUGUGCAAACAAAAUGAUUCGUACAGAUUAGUAAUACAGGUUUCUUGCACUGAUUUUGUCUGAAAUGAUGUAAUAGCUAAUGAAUGUUAAUUGAUUUUUGAUCUGAAAGCAAAAAUAAGAUGUUCAACAUGACUCUUAUAAUCCUACUGUUAAUACAACUGCUAAGCAUUGGCUAUAACAUUCAUUUUGAUGGUAGUUUUAGAUAAUCUCCAAAGUAGCAUUGUUAGUGGUAAUUACUUUAUUUUAUUUUUUUUAAAAGGUGAGUUUUUAUUUAUUUUCAUUCACAAUUAUGCAAAAAUCUCAAACAUGUCACUUGGCCUUUAGAUUGUCUGACAUCCUGCAAUGGACUCUUGCUCCACUUUAAACAGAUGUGUAGCCCACUGUAGUGGAAUGGAUUCACUAACAGAAGUGAAAACAUCCAACUGUAAUACGACUGCUUUCACACACCUUGCCCUCAAAGCUUACAAAAAAAUCAGCCUCCCCAGUUUGAUAAGUGAUGCCCUCAGCUCAUGAGCUUGGGUAAUCACAAUGCAUUCGGAGAGUUGCCCUCUUUAUUUGUGGGUAUUAGUGUUUGGUAUACAAAAGCUGCUUAAAAUAAAAUGCAUUUCCCGGAGUGCCAGGUGGGUCAGGCAUUUCCCAUGCUAAGGGUCAUUUGUUAAUGCACUAUCCUCUAUAUUAAAAAAAUGUAAGGACUCCCAUUAAUAUCCUCCAGACAGGGUAAUGUAUAUUUGAAUUCAGCCCCACUAUGUUAUUCUAGUUCUCCAUUUGUGGUAUUGCCUGCAGUACCAAUUUCAUUUGUAAUCUCAUUUGAUUUUUAUUUUCCAUGUUCUGAAAAAGCGAAAUGUCAAAAUAAAUCAUUUGACUAUGGGA